AAAACGGACACCUCUCGUGUUUUUUUUUUUCCUGGCUCAGUGCGUUUAUAUAAACACACGAGGUCGUGGGUAGACUAGUCUCUCAGAGAUCCCGUCAAUCUGAAUAUCGACUCAUAUCCGUCUGUGAAACUUAGGUUCAGUCAUCUUCCUCCAGAGAAACAUCGACGAUAUCAAGCUAUGGCUGUUACCGGCUGCUCUCAGUGCAUCAAAUAUAUGCUCUUCUUCUUAAACUUCAUUUUCUGGCUGGCUGGCGGUGUGAUUUUGGGUGUAGCUCUAUGGCUUCGUCAUGACAGUCAAACCAGCAACCUCCUAAUGCUCCAGCUUGAAGGGAAUCAGGCACCAGGAACCUUUCAUAUCAGUGUGUAUGUUCUCGUAGCAAUCGGGGCUAUUAUGAUGUUUGUGGGGUUCCUGGGUUGUUAUGGAGCUAUUCAGGAAUCUCAGUGUCUCUUAGGAACGUUCUUCACAUGUUUAGUGAUCCUCUUCGCCUGUGAGGUGGCAGCAGGAAUUUGGGGCUUUAUUAACAGGGACACGAUCUCCACUGAGCUCAUUAACUUCUAUGAUGCUGCAUACAUGAAAGCUGUGGAUCCUGUGGAAACGACAUCCAGACAGGCAGCAUCCAAAGUCCUGGCGGUCUUCCAUGACACACUGGAGUGCUGUGGUAAAGGGGAUGAUAAUCAACUUUUCAAAGCUGUCCAGUCCUCUCUGUGUCCCGAAAAGACCGUCCCAGUUGACCCACUCAUCUCUCAGAGUUGUCACAUGAAGUUAAGGGACCUCUUCACUGAGAAGCUCCAUGUCAUUGGAUUGGCCGCCCUAGUGAUUGCUGUCAUUAUGGUUUUUGAGAUGAUCUUCACCAUGGUCCUCUGCUGUGCAAUCCGCAAUGCUCCUGCGUAUUAAGCUGCUGGAUGAUGACCAUCAUGAUGCAUUUCACUUCUCCAUUUCCUCUCUUUUCAAGUUCAAGUGCCACACACUGAACGUUGAUCCCUGUGUCUGUAGAGAGGACUUCCAAUGGCAUCUGAAUACAACACCAAGGGCUUUUAUUAAUAAUAAACCGAUAUCAGGGAGGAGGAUUCAUGUGAUUGACAGUAGUAUGGAUAACAUUGCUUUUAUGUUGUAUUGUUUUACUUUUAUUUAAUCAUUUUAUUAGAUUUAACUCUUGUUUUCUAAAUAAAUCAUUGUGAUGUUUAUUUGGAGAUAAAUGUUUUGAAUCCGUUAUGCAAUGUCAAUUUUGUGUCUUCUGAGAAUACAUAUCAUGCAUUAGACUUUACCAACCCAUAAUAAUGACGUCAUGAUUAUCGAAGGAUAGCCCACAUGAAACAAAUCCAACUUUCAAUGAGCCUGUGGUAUUUUAAUUUUUUGGACACUCAGUUUAUUUCUAAUAAAACUUCUAUUUAAACAAA